AUGGCGACGCGGGGCGCGGGUCCGUGGCUGCUGUUGGCGGCGGUGCUGUGCGCGGCGGCGGAGCCCCGGUGCCCGUCGUGCGGUGCCGGUGCGGAGCGGCGGCUGCUGGAGGAGGCGGCCAAGCGGCAGCUCCUGGAGAAGCUGCGGCUCCGGGAGCGGCCGAGGCUCGCCCACGCCGUGCCCCGAGCCGCCGUGGCCCGCGCCGUGCGGCGCCUGCAAGCGGCCGGUGCUCGCCGGGGCCCCGACGCCGAGGAGCGGGGCUAUGAGAUCAUCAGCUUCGCCGAGCCAGAGCCCACGUCUCCCUCUGGCAUGGGGCUGCAGUUCCAGUUCACUCGCACGCAAGACCAGGACGUUCACAUCCUGCAAGCUCAACUUUGGCUCUACCUGCAAGUUCCCAGAGACUUGGUAGCCAACCUUACCCUGAGCAUCUUCCUGGCUGGUGGGAAUGGUGACGCGGUGGGGGGAAAUCGCACGCUGCUGAGUGAGCGUCGACUGAGCACCAAGGGCAGCGGCUGGCGCACCUUCUCCCUCAUGCCUGCCCUGCAGAGGUUCUUUAGGGGAGAACACAGGACCCUGCGGCUGGAACUGGAAAGCCGUGGGGACAGGGGUGAUGUGGUGGCCAUAGUCAAUGCCACCCAGUCCCACCAGCCCUUCUUGGUGGCUGAGGCAAAGGUGCGGGAGCUGGGACACCGUGUGGCCAAGCGCAGCCUCCGCUGCAGCCAGAACUCCAACCUCUGCUGCCGCAAGGACUACUACGUGGAUUUCCGUGACAUUGGUUGGAACGACUGGAUCAUUAAGCCUGAGGGCUACCAGAUAAACUACUGUGUGGGCCAGUGCCCUCUGCACGUGGCAGGCAGCCCUGGGAUGGCAUCUUCCUUCCAUACAGCCGUCUUCAACCUCGUCAAAGCUAACAACAUCCAGGCAUCGGGGCACUCCUGCUGUGUGCCCACACGACGCCGGCCUCUCUCUGUCCUCUACUUCGAUCGCAACAGCAACAUUGUCAAGACUGACAUUCCUGACAUGAUUGUUGAUGCCUGUGGCUGUAGCUAG